AUGAAUAAAGCUAAAACACUUCGAUUUGAAGUACUAGCGUUCGUUGCCGGCACUGUCCUCGAUCCUCCACCUGAAAAAUCAAAAUCGAGCAUGGAGGGGUCUGAAUUAGUCGAUGGUGUAUCGGCUGGUUCAGUGGACCCAUCCGUAGGGGAACUCAAAGGCGAAGGUCCCGGGGCACUCGUUGAAAAACCAAAAGACGAGCCACCGCCAUUGACCAACGGGCACAAGCAUUGUGGUUGCGUGUCGACCACAUUCGACAGUGAUGAGCAACACGAAGGUGUUGGGCUACUCGUAUUUCCGGUUACAUAA